AGAAAACUCCAUACCUGGGUUCUGGGAAUUCGUUCAUACAGACUUCUGGGAAAUGUAGUCUUUGGGACUGUGACAUCACAGGAAGCCAUCCAGGAAAUCCCUGUCUGGCUUUUCGUCUACACACGAAAUGCUGUCCUUCUGGGAUGUGGCCAUUGAGUUCUCUGCAGAAGAGAGGGAAUGCCUGGAGCCUGCUCAGUGGAAUUUGUACAGGGAUGUGAUGUUGGAGAAUUACAGCAACCUUGAUUUCCUGGGUCUUGCUGUCUCUAAGCCACACCUGGUGACAUUUCUGGAGCAAACACAAGGGCCUGGGGAUCUGAAGAGACAAGCAACAGACAGUGUGCACCCAGGAACAAUACCAAAUGACUGUAAGAAUUUUAGCAUGGCCAUUGAAGGUAACUCACUCCUUAUUCAACGCCAGAGAAUCCAUACAGGGGAGAAACCCUACAAGUGUGAAAUAUGUGGAAAGGCCCUUAGUUCUCAAAAAAACCUAUCUAUACACCAGAGACUCCAUACUGGAGACAAACCCUAUAUGUGUAAAGAAUGUCAUAAGGCGUUCAGUACUCGCUCAUCACUUUCUAUACACCAGAAAAAUCAUACUGAAGAAAAAACGUACAAGUGUGAAGAAUGUGGCAAAUCAUUUUACUAUCCUUCAAUGCUGAAGCAUCAUCAAAGAAUUCAUUCUGGAGACAAACCCUACAAGUGUGAAGGAUGUGGCAGAGCUUUUUAUUAUCCUUCAUUCCUGAAGCGACAUCAAAGAGCUCAUUGUGGACAGAAACCAUACAAGUGUCAAGAAUGUGGACAAAUGUUUUCCUGUGCUUUAAUCCUUAAUAAACAUAAACGAAUUCAUAUUGAUGAGAAACCCCACAAGUGUGAUCUGUGUGGAAAAGGAUUUACUAAGCCUUCUGUACUUUCUGAGCACAAAAUAUGUCAUACUGGAGAGAAACCCUACAAGUGUAAAGAGUGUUACAAAUGUUUUUCCUCUUCUUCAACCCUUAGAAAUCAUCAAAGAAUUCACUCUGAAGACUGUCACUACACAUGUAGGGAAUGUGGAAGAGCCUUUUACACUCUUUAUGCCCUUACUCAGCACAGGUUUGUUCAUUCUGGAGAGAAACCCUACAAGUGUGAAGAGUGUGGGAAAGCUUUUUAUGAUUCUUUAUACCUGAAGAAACAUCAAAGAGCUCACUGUGGGCAGAAACCAUACAAGUGUGAAGAAUGUGGGAAAACAUUUUUCUCUGCUUUAAUCCUUAACAAACAUAAACGAAUUCAUUCUGGCGAGAAACCCUACAAGUGUGAUCUGUGUGGAAAAGGAUUUUCUAAGCCUUCUUUCCUUUUUGACCACAAAAUAUCUCAUACUGGAGAGAAACCCUACAAGUGUGAAGAGUGUGACAGAUGUUUUUCCACUUCCUCAACCCUAAGAAGACAUCAAAGAAUUCAUUCUGAAGACAAUCCCUACAAGUGUGAGGAAUGUGGCAGAGCCUUUUACACACUUUAUACCCUUACUCAUCACAAGUUCAUUCAUUCUGGAGAGAAACCAUACAAGUGUGAAGAAUGUGGGAAAGCUUUUUCUUAUAAUUCUAUCCUGAUCCAGCACAAAUUAAGUCAUACUGCAGUGAAAUCUUAUGAGUGUGAAGAAUGUGGGAAAAUGUUUUACCCUACUUCAAAACUAAAGAAACACAGAAAAAUUCAUUAUAAAGAGAAACUGUACAAAUGUGGAUUCUGUGGAAAUGCCUUUUCUAGUAAUUCUUCCCUGGUUCAGCACAAAAUAGUUCAUACUAGAGAAAUGCCCCAAGUGUGAAGAAUGUGGCAAUAUGUUUUCCAGUAUCUCAAAAUUGAAGAGACACAAAGGAACUCAUUGUCAAGAGAAACCUUUCAAAUGUGAAGUAUAUGGUAAGGACUUUUGUACUCGCCCAGAACUUUCUGUACAUAAGAGAAUUGAUGCCAAUAAGAUACCAUACAAGUGUAAAGAAUGUGGAAAAACCUUUUCUAGGCUCUCAUACCUUACACUUCACAAAUUACAUCAUAUCAGGGAGAAAUCUUAUAAAUAUGAAGAAUGUAAAUGCUUUACUCUACUAUGGGCCUUAAAAAACACUAGUAAAUUCAUACUGGAGAAAAACCAUACAAGUAUGAAGAAUGUCACAAAGCCUUUAGUACACAUACAACCCUCAAGAGACACAAGACAGUUCAUACUGGAAAGAAACCCUACAAAUGUGAACUGUGUGGAAAAGGAUUCACUAGACCUUCUAUACUCACUGAGCACAAGAUAGCUCAAACUGGAGAGAAACCCUACAAGUGUGAGUUGUGUGGCAAAUGUUUUGCCUCUUCUUCAGACUUUAAAGCACAUCAAAGAAUUCGUUCUGAAGACAGUUGCUACAAGUAUGGGAAUGUGGCAAAGCCUUUACCAAACUUUAUGUAUUUAUUCAACACAAAUUUGUUCAUACUGGAGAGAUACCAUACAGGUGUGAAGAGUGUGGCAAAGGAUUUUCUAGUCCUUCAUAUCUUAAGUAUUAAACUCACUGAUUCAUGAAGAUAGGAACUUUCGUGGAAUCACUGUGUCUGUCAUUAGAGCCUGAUCUGAGGCAGCCAGACAAAUCCAGGAACUCUAGAAAACUCCAUACCUGGGUUCCGGGAAUUCUUUCGCACAGACUUCUGGGAAAUGUAGUCUAUGGCACAGUGACAUCACGGGGAGCCAUGCAGGAAAUUCCAGUCUGGCUUUUGAUCUACACACGUGAGUCUCCCUCAAAGUUUGGCAAAAGUCCUCCCCUGCUCUACAUUCCUGUUGCGUCUCUGACAUGGAG